UAAAAACUACGAGUGGACAGCGUUUAAUUCUUACUAAAUCAGCUUCGGGCAGCUUUGAAACCAUCACAAGAAUUGACAAUGUUCGGCCCCUCAUCAGAAUUCCAAAUUCGUCCGUUCAACAAGCCACCAUAUUGAAUAAUGGAGCUAAUUCGACCAUCUCAUCAGCUCCAUCGACGAUUAUUUUGAACAAUUCCGUGAAAACCAAUAUUUCAGUAUCAAAACCUGUAUCGACGAGUUCUGUUUCAUCUCCAAUUAUUUCAAGCGCAGUUACCAGAAGUAGAUCCGAAAAAUCUACGGAAGAAUUAAUCCCCGAAGCA